AUGGAUAAAAACACUUUCGCCAAGGACAGGGUAAAGAAUGGAAAUCGCAAGACAAGGGUACUGGCUGUCAAGAAAAGAAGCAAAGUCAAUGCGCCAAACUGUAAGUACGGGCAGAUGAAUGCAGCUACCUGGAAGGGUGGAGGCCAGCUCAUCAAACUCACUCCAAGUGUGUCCCAAACAUCAAAAAGCAGAGUAAAACUCACAGAUGAUCAGAUCAGACAGAUCUUUCAGGAGGACUCUGAUGCAGAAAAUGUUCUGAGAGCUGAGGAGAGUGAUUCUUCUGAGGAAGAAUCACCUGGGAAUCUGACUGCCUUGGAUGACCCUGAAUAUUUUGAGGUGGCGUCAGAGGACAGUGAGAAUGGAUCCUGGAGGACAGGACAGUUCACACCCAGUCCAGUGACAUUUGAUGGUUCCCAGUCUGGAGUGAGGACCCAUCCACAUGAGGUCAGGGAAGGAGAGUGUUUUAAAUUGUUCCUAAAUACGUCCACGGUGGGUGUCAUUGCUAAUGAAACAAAUAAAUAUGCAGAGAUCCCGAGAGAGAAGUCAGGGGGUGUGGGAAAGAUUUGGAGAUGGGUGGACACCUCAGUGGCUGAGAUCUACACCUUCCUCGCCACAGUAAUGAUUAUGGGUCUUGUCAAGAAGAAUAAUAUGAGGGACUACUGGACUGCAGACCCCAUGCUGUCCACCCCUUUUUUCCCUAUAGUCUUUUCCCAGGACCGUUUCUUCCUCCCCCUCUGCACACUCCACUUCAGUGACUCCAGCCCCUCCUCAGACCCCCUUCACAAAAUUAGAAAUAUUCUGAAUUCAAUUUUAAAGUCAUUCUCCCACGUUUUCUACCCCCACAAGGACCUCUGCAUCGACGAAUCCAUCUUGAAAUGGAAAGGACGACUGUCUUUUAAACAGUAUAUCCCCUCAAAGUGGCACAGAUUUGGGGUGAAGCUGUUUGUGCUGUGUGAUGUCCUGACCGGUUAUGUCCAAGACUUAAUAGUAUAUACUGGGAGCUCCACAGAUAUUCUUCCAUUUGAUGGUGUUGGGAUGUCUGGAGCGGUUGUCCUCACCCUUUUGCAGCCCUAUCUAAACAAAGGGCAUACCGUCUUAAUGGGCAACUGGUACUCAAGUCCUGCCCUCUUCCAAUGCCUACUGGGCAACCAAACUGGGGCCUGUGGCACCGUAAGGCCCACAAGAAAGGGGAUCUGUUGGAAGAAUUCCACACUCCUCGGCGGUCAUCAUCUGGUGGACGGCCUUCGUUGGACAAUCCCCUCUGCCUCACUGCCCGUCACUUCCCCACACCAGUGA